AUGGAUGAAGAUGAGAAGGACAGGGCAAAGAGGGCAUCACGCAACAAAUCUGAAAAGAAGAGGAGAGACCAGUUCAAUGUCCUCAUUAAAGAGCUUUGCACGAUGCUGCAGGGCCAUGGCCACCCUCUCAAGAUGGACAAGUCCACGAUACUGCAGAGGACCAUCGACUUCUUACAGAAACAGAAAGAAAUCACAGCACAGACAGAAGCCUGUGAGAUUAGACAAGACUGGAAGCCUUCAUUUCUUAGCAACGAGGAGUUUACCCAGUUGAUGUUAGAGGCACUAGAUGGCUUUCUCAUUGCUCUUACAACUGAUGGGAUUAUUAUUUAUGUAUCUGAUAGUGUCUCAUCUCUGCUUGGACACUUACCGUCAGAUUUGGUGGACCAAAAUAUAUUAAACUUUCUGCCUGAGCGGGAGCAGAGCGAGGUGUACAAGCUCCUUUCUCCGCACGUGCUCAUGACGGAUCCUGUUGCAGCUGAUUUUCUAAACGUGGAAAAGCAAAUAGAGUUUUGCUGCCAUUUAGCAAGAGGCAGCUUAGAUCCAAAUGAACCCCUGAUGUAUGAAUAUGUGAAAUUUGUAGUGGAUUUUAAGUAUUUUACUCAUGUGCCUACACCCUCCUGUAAUGGCUUUGAGUCAGCUAUUGCACGAGCUUUCAGGUCAGCCACGGAGGAGCAGAUCUGCCUGGUAGCAACUGUCCGUCUCGUCACACCGCAGUUCUUAAAGGAGCUUUGCAAUGUGGAAGAGCCAUGUGAAGAAUUUACGUCGAGGCAUAGUUUGGAAUGGAAGUUCUUAUUCUUGGACCACAGGGCUCCACCUAUUAUAGGAUAUUUACCCUUUGAGGUUCUGGGAACGUCAGGGUAUGAUUACUACCACGCAGAUGACCUGGAGCUUCUCGCUAGGUGCCAUGAACACUUGAUGCAGUUUGGAAAAGGAAAGUCCUGUUACUAUCGGUUCCUGACCAAAGGCCAGCAGUGGAUAUGGCUGCAGACACACUACUACAUCACCUACCACCAGUGGAAUUCCAAACCCGAGUUCAUCGUUUGCACACACCUGGUAGUUAGUUAUGCGGAAGUUCGAGCUGAAAGAAGGCGAGAUCUUGGCCUUGAGGAGUCAUCAAUUGAACUGGCAUCCUCUUCUCUAAAGAGCCACGGCAGCUACCUGGACGCGGGGCAGUGCGGCAGCAGCCAGGGCCGGGAAGGAGUGUCGCUGUCAUCCCACAGCUCCCGGCGCUCCUCGCACACCGCCCUCUCCGAUUCCGCGUCCACGUCGUCCAUGCGACACACUGACACCAGCACGCCCACGCGGCCGGCGGUGCCGGCGGAGAAGGCGGCCCUACGGCUGGCGUCGGCUGGGAGCGCGCAGGUCGGUGGGUCCCGCGAGCAAAAGCCUUUCUGAUGCCGUAAAGAAAUGAGCUUGACAAACCUCCGAGAGGCUGGAUCCCUGUCUCUGAGUGCCAUAGCAGCUCCUCAAGCCCCUGGCGAACACCUCCCUCAGCACCCCGCGGCUCAGCUGGCCGGCCGCUCUCCGCGCGCUGCCAUGCCAGUGUACCAUUUCCCGACCCAGCUGGGGAUGAUGCAUCAGCUGAAAGAGCAGCUGGAGGAGAGGACGCGCAUACUACAAGCUGACAUCAAGACGCAGCAAGAAGAGCUCCACGUCAUCAAGGAGCAGCUCCAGCUGGUGCAGGACUCCAACCUCCAGAUGCUGAUGCAGCAGCCCAUCCCUGUCGUCUUUAACAACGUGCAGCACCUGAGCCCCAGGAGGCCCCCGCCGCCGCCGGGGACGCCCAGGCCCACCACAGCCAAGAAGUCACAGCAGCCAGCCCUUACGGGGACGAAGCACUACUGCAGCUCCCACCUGCCGUCACCACGCCAAUUCCUCAGGGACCCCUGCAUGGCCGCCCAGGUACAGCAGCAGCACCUCAUGAGAGGAAGCCAAGCCCAGCAAACGUGUCUGCCGGGGCAGACGAGCGUUUCAGUGCCCCUCUACAACAACCCCAUGGUGUUUUCACAAGCGCGUCCCAUUACAGUGGCCGCACAGAUGCCGACUGAUGGCAGCGAAAGGCAACCGCCAUCUGACUACAGCCAGGACAGGAGCCUCAGAUUCGUUGCAGAGCAGCAGAUCUUGCCUCCCCCAGUACAGAUGCAACAGGUUACCUGUAGCACCGUCCGGCCUCCAGCCCCAUCGCCCAUUUUCUCCCCAUCUCUGAUGAUCCCACACACCAGCUUCACAUCCCACCAGGCAAACGCACCAGUUCAUCUCCACCAGUGGCCGCAGCAACAGGGUCAGCAGCACCGUCUCUACCUGCAGGGAAUGCAGCUGGAACAGAUGCAAGGUCCUGAGCCGGUGCCCGGGGGGCCCACGCAGCGCAUUUUCCAGCCCCCCCCCACCCCGCAGCAGAACCCCCUGAGCUACUUCCUCCACCCGCAGCAGCAGAGCCGCCACGGCCAGGGCCAGCCCUGCAACCUGCCCGACCUGCCCGAGAUGCAGCUGCCCUGA